AUGCGUGCUGAGCGCGGCCCCCGGACGGAUCCGCCCGGGCUGCAGAGCUGGGCCCUGCCUUCCCGGGUACCGGCUGCCGGCCCGCGGCGGGCGGCGCUCCGCUUGCCUCGCAGCUCCGGGCUGAUUCUUCCCUCGCUGCUGCUGGCGCAGUGGCGCCCUUCUCCCGUAGCAACCAGGAGCGCCGGAAGCGGCCGGCACGCGGAGCGAAAGAUGGUGGCGGCCGCCACCAACCCCCUGCGCUUCAAGAGCAACUACGCCGUGUCGAGGAAAAUCGAGCCUUUCUACAAAGGAGGGCGAGUCCAGAUAAACCGGGAUGGAAAGUUCAUGUUCUGCCCCUGCGGGACCAAGCUGAAUGUCAUCGAUGUAGAAACGGGAGCUCUCCACAGCCUCCAGCAGGACGAUGAAGAGAACAUCAGUUCAUUUGUUCUUAGCCCAGAUGAUGAGAUCCUCGUGACAGGGAGCCGAGCCCUGUUGCUGAAGCAGUGGAACUGGCGAGAGAACAAAUGUGUUCGCACAUGGAAAGCCGUGCACGUCGCACCAGUUGCUAGCAUGGCCUUUGACUCUACCUCCACAUUGUUAGCCACAGGUGGCUGUGACAGCACCAUUAAGAUCUGGGAUAUGAUCAAACAGUACUGCACACACAACCUAAAAGGAUCUUCAGGAGUUGUACACCUUGUUGAGUUCCACCCUGAUACCUCCCGUCUGCAACUCUUCUCCUCCUCAAUUGACUACAAAAUCCGCAUCUGGGACCUGAAUUCCAGCAAGUGUGUUGCUGUGCUGGACGGCCACUUCAGUGCUGUCACCUCUCUGGCAUUUGCGGAUGGAAACACACUCAUUAGUUCUGGCCGCGAUAAAAUCUGCAUGGUGUGGGACCUGAAAACCAGAGAAAGUAAACGAACCGUCCCUGUCUACGAGAGCGUGGAAGCUGCCAUCUUGUUACCUGAAAAGGGAGAUUUCUCUCAACUGGGUGUGAAGAAACAAGGGUUGCACUUUGUCACAGCUGGCAGCAAAGGCAUCCUGAAAGUUUGGGAAGUUGCCACAGCUGCUUGUGUGUAUACCCAGCCUGUGCCCUUUGAGUUGAAGGAGGAGGCCAGCGAGCGCAGUCUCACCCAGUGCAUGUUUGUGCCCGAGAGAAAUGAGAUUGUCACGGUGUCCGUGGAACACAACAUUGUUUUCUAUGAUGCUCAAACUCUUCAGCUCAGGAAGCAGCUUGCAGGUUACAACGAUGAGGUUCUGGAUGUGAAGUUCCUUGGGCCUGGUGAUUCUCACAUUGUUGUGGCUACCAACAGCCCUCAGCUGAAAGUGUUUGAGCUGGCAACAUCACACUGCCAGAUCCUCUAUGGCCACACAGAAACAAUUCUUGCUUUGGAUGUCUUCAGAAAAGGCCUGAUGUUUGUCAGCUGUGCUAAGGACAAAAGCCUUCGAGUGUGGCGGAUGAACAAAGAUGGAAGGGUGAUCUGUGUUGCCCAAGGAUUGGGUCAUGCGCACGGGGUAGGCGCUGUCUCUUGCUCAAGACUGAAAGAAAGCUUCAUAGUGACCAGCAGCCAGGACUGCACAAUCAAGAUCUGGACUAUCCCGGAAUCCCUCACUUCCAAAGCAAAAGCAGCCUUGAUCUCCAGUCCAGAAACCCUUCAUGCAAAAGUGACUGAGAGGGGUCAUGACAAGGACAUAAACAGCGUGACAGUUUCUCCGAAUGACAAGCUCAUUGCCACCGGCUCACAGGAUCGGCUGGCCAAGCUGUGGUCCUGUUCUGAUUGCUCUUUGCUGGGUGUCUUCACUGGACAUAAGCGUGGAAUCUGGUGUGUGCAGUUCUCCCCGGUGGAUCAGAUCUUGGCCACCUCUUCAGCAGAUGGAACCCUGAAGCUCUGGGGUCUUCAGGACUUCAGCUGUUUGAAGACAUUUGAAGGUCACGAUGCCUCUGUGCUGAAGAUCAUUUUUGUAAGCCGAGGAACACAACUGCUCAGCAGUGGUUCUGAUGGUCUCUUAAAACUCUGGACAAUUAAAACUAAUGAGUGUGUGAAAACAUUAGAUGGUCAUGAAGAUAAAAUCUGGGGUCUUCACUCUAACAAGCAAGAUGAUAUGGUUGUGACAGCAUCCAGUGACUCCUGCAUCACACUGUGGAAGGAUGUCACUGAAAUUGAAGAGAAAGAAGCACAAGCUAAACAGGAGGAGCAGAUUAUGAAAGAGCAAGAGCUUUCUAACCUGCUUCAUGAGAAAAGAUAUCUCAAAGCUUUAGGGUUGGCAAUCUCUCUGGAUCGUCCGCACACAGUGUUGAUGGUGGUCAAAGCCAUCCUCAAGGAAACUGAUGGGAGAAAGCACUUGGAAGAGAACAUUGUUCGGCUCCGGAAGGAUCAGAAAGAGGCGGUGUUAACGUUCUUGGUGACGUGGAAUACGAACUCUCGAAACUGCCACGAGGCCCAAGCUGUCAUUGAAACCCUUCUGAAGCACGAAGCACCGGACAGCCUCCUGCAGUACUCGGGCAUUAAAUCUGCUGUGGAGUCCCUGCUGCCUUACACCGAGCGCCAUUUUCAGAGACUGAGCCGAUUGCUACAGGCCUCCAUGUUCAUUGAUUUCAUGUGGCAAAACAUGAGGCUGGCUGAUGCAGCCCAGCAGGAAGACAUGACUUUGUGACCCUCCUCCCACCAGUUGUUCUUUCCAGAGGGGAGAGUCUGAACUGCUUUCCCACAAGGUAUGGCAACUGG